ACCAAAACUCUCUCUCUUUCCGAAUGAUCAUCAUCAACGCUUGAAAAAUUUUCUCAUCCACUUUCCUUCGUUUUCCCCAUCCAAUUCCAUGGAUUUUCUCCUCGCUUCCGACACCCCAAACACCCCCAUAAUGGAAUUUCAACUCCAAGCACUACUCUGCAACAGCGGCAACAAUUUUCCACUCCAGAAUCUCAAUGCUCAGAUUAAUCAUCCUCAUCAUCCUCCUCUUCCUCAGCUUCAAGAUUUGGCGUCGUCUCAGUCGACUUCCGAUGAAGCGGAGGAUCAGACGGCGGUGGUGGCGGCGAACGAGAGGAGGCACCGGAGGAUGAUAUCGAACAGGGAGUCGGCGCGUAGGUCACGGGCGAGGAAGCAGAAGCAGCUGGACGAGCUGUGGUCGCAGGUUGUUUGGCUGCGGAGCGAGAAUCGGCAGCUGCUGGAUAAGCUUAACCUUGUCUCGGAUAGCCAUGACCGAGCCCUUGAAGAGAAUGUUCGUCUCAAACAGGAAGCUUCUGAGCUGCGUCAGAUGCUCUGUGACAUGCACUUACAAUCCCCUGCUUCUCUUCCUUGAUCUCACCAUCAUCUAUCUCUUCUUUGAUCCUCAAUUUCUCUUUUAGAUUAAUUAAUCCACCAUAUCAUAUGUAGAGGUCAUAUAUUUUAAUAAAGUAAAUAAAUUUAGUAUUAGCUUUUUUUUUUUGGAAAAAAUCGGUAAAAACUCUGUUUGAAAAUUUUAUUGGAUAGGAAGACCUGAACUCAGGUACUGAUGACGCUUUUUGUGUAUUGAAACACAUCAAGUUCUUCUUACCAAUAAAAUUUUCAAGUGGGAUAUUUUGACCCAUUUUUUCAAUAUUUUUGAUCCCACUGCAUCUAGAUAUUUUGCCAUUUGAGUUGAUUUUGGAUAUGCCUACGUCUACACAUUCAAACAAAAA